AAAGGGGGAGACGCAAUUAGUCACCUUGUGGGCUCCUCACCGUUGUCAUCCUGUGCAUUAAACCGGGCGCGCGACAGCCUUUCACUUGGAAGUGCGCGUGAAGGGACAACAGCAGCCAAUCUGAUUGAACACACGCACUCUUUCCCUCAGAGCGCCGUUCUGCUGACUCAGUGCCUUAUCAGAGCGAACCGGUUCCUCGCCAACGAACAGAACAGAGACGCACCAGUCGCCGCAACAACUCCAGCCAUGGCCAAAACUGCGAUCGCAUACAAAGAGAAGAUGAAGGAGCUCUCCCUCGUCUCCCUCAUCUGCUCCUGUCUCUACCCAGAGGCACGCAAGAACAUCAUGUGCGAGUUUGAAGACAUGGAGGUUAAGCCCAUUAACAAGCGGGCUUCUGGCCAGGCCUUUGAGGUCAUCCUCAAGCCACCCUCUCCCACGGCUGACGGCUCCUACAGCAUCACUACACCUCCCAAAAAGAGGGACAUGUCCCUGGAGGACAUCCAGAAGAAGCUGGAGGCAGCAGAGGACAGGAGGAGAUCCCAGGAGGCUCACGUCCUGAGGGCCCUGGCUGAGAAACGUGAGCACGAGCGGGACGUCCUGCUGAAAGCCAUGGAGGAGAACAGCAACUUCAGCAGGAUGGCGGAGGAGAAACUCAUCAUGAAGAUGGAGCAGAUCAAGGAGAACCGUGACACCCACAUUGCAGCCAUGCUGGAACGACUGCAUGAGAAGGAGAAGCAUGCUCAGGAGGUGCGCAGAAACAAAGAGCUGAUGGAAGAGUUGACAGCAUGAGCACAUCUCUCUACACCCACUGUCCCAUUACCCCACACCACCCCCUCCCCAUACCUGCGACCUCCCGUCCCCAGAGAGACCCCCUCUCACCCUGCCACCACUGCCCCGUGUAGAAAAGAGCCUCUGGCACCCCGCCCCGCCCAGACGAAGGGAAUCGACCCUGCCCCCCUCACCAACAGCAUCCUCCCAAAUAUAGUCCAGAAGACAAAAGAAACACCAUUACUCCAGAAAAAAAGAAAUGUUUUUUGAUUAAAUCGAAACCAGUCAAAGUGGGUGUGUUUUUUUGUAAAUACUUCCUAUUUGUUUUAUAUGAGACGAUGAAAAGUAUUGCGGUGUGCCAUUUUAUAAGUUUCUCUCUGUAUCUUUCUCUUUUAGUGGAUGUACUCGUUU